GCCGAUUCAUCAGAUUCGUUCAAAAGAUCAACAUCAGCAUCACCGCGGACACCAGCGGGUGCUGCCGCAAAUAACGCAAAUGCUGCACCAAACGUAACACCACCACUACCAACAGGAGCAGCUGCAGUUAUCAUUCCGGAUGAUUCACGCAUUGAUCACGCUGCACAUCGAGCGCUGCUCCGAAAUGAACUGUUGCAAGCCAAAAUCGAUGAUAUCAAGGUAUAG